AAGAGAAAGAGACCAAGAAGAAAACCAAAAGUGCUCCAAAAAAGAAGAAAGUAUCAGACAGUGAAGAUGAUGAUGAUGAUGAGGAGGAGGAUACUCCAAAAAAGAAAACCAAGAAAAAAACAACAAAGGAGAGCUCCCCGACUGCUAGUGCUGCUAAGGAGAGAAAAUCAAAAUCUAAAGAGGGCAAAGAUUCAGAUGGAAAAGAUAAAAAGUCAAAGUCAAAGGAAAAGGAAAAGGGAAAGAAGAAAGAGCCAGCAUCGAUGUUUAUGAUAAAUGGGGAAAAAAGUUCUAAGAGCAAAAAGAAAGCAGCCAAGUCAGAGAGUGAUGUCAGUGAAGAAGAGACAAAGUCAACUAAAUCAAAGAAGAAAUCUACCGCUGGUUCAGCAUCAAUGUUUCAGACUACAGGGGAUAAGGACAAAGAGAAAAAGACAAAGAAAAAAGGAAAGGUAGAAGAGAGUGAAGAAUCUGACUCAGAGAAAGAAGAAAAGACUAAGAAGAAGAAGGGUAAAGGGAAGAAGAAAAAGGAGAGAUCUCCCUCACCUGAGAUUGAGUUUGAUGACUUGGAGACAUUUGUGAUGGAUCCAGCUCCACAGGGCGUGACUGUUAAAUGCAGAGUGACGCGGGACCAGAGAGGCAUGGAUAAGAGCCUCUACCCUCUGUAUUAUCUUCAUCUGGACAAUGAGAAAAAGACAUUCCUAUUGGCAGGAAGAAAAAGAAAGAAAAGUGCAACUUCAAAUUACCUCAUCUCUAUUGAUGCCACUGACUUGUCAAGAGGUGGUGAGAAUUUUGUUGGAAAGCUGAGGUCCAAUUUAAUGGGGACUAAAUUCACAGUAUUUGACAAUGCUCUAAAUCCAGAAAGAGCUCUACCAGAUAUGUCUAAUGCUCGGCAAGAGUUAGCUGGCAUCAUCUAUGAAACAAAUGUCUUAGGCAUGAAAGGACCAAGGCGGAUGACGGUCAUCAUUCCAGGCAUGAGCAAGGACAAUGAGAGAGUACCGCUCAGGCCCAGAAACGAAUGUGACAGCUUGUUGGUAAGGUACCAGAAUAGAAGGAUGGAAAAUCUGAUUGAGCUUCACAACAAGACGCCCGUGUGGAACGAAGAAACUGCCUCUCAUGUGCUGAAUUUUAACGGCCGAGUCACACAGGCCUCUGUCAAGAACUUCCAGAUAGUUCACAACAAGGACUUGGACUACAUCGUCAUGCAGUUUGGAAGAAUAGCCGAUGAUAUUUUCACACUGGACUAUAACUACCCGUUGUGUGCCGUGCAGGCCUUUGCUAUCGCACUCUCCAGCUUCGAUGGCAAAAUUGCUUGUGAAUAAUCUAAAGAUCAUCAGCUUUAUGCUCCCGCUAAAACCCAAAAGCAACAUGUUUAUGCCGACCUGUGACUCUGGACUCGCCUCAACGGAGCAAAAUUGGGGCUGGUAACUAAUGGCAGAUACCUGCUGCUGCAUUGCCACCAUUUUACCAUGGAGGUUUCCUCCUGGAGGUGUCAGGAGCAAAAUGAACCUUCGUGGCAUAAUCUAAACAUAGAAGGCUCGGUGAAGGACAGUAUUGUUUUCUGUUUUGGUAAUUCAGUGCAAAUUUCACAAUCAGUUAAGACAACAUAAUCUCAGGAAUGACUUUAAUGAGUCUAAUGAAUUUUAGAACGGACUAUAAGCCCUCUUAAACGUAGACAUUGUUAUAUUAUUUAAAGAUGCUUGACUUUGUGUGUUUUGUUCUUUUCAUGUCAUGCUGUGUUGUAUCUUGUUCAUUUGUAGAGUUUAUUGUGUCAAUGUGACACAGAUAAACAAGAAACUACAUUUUAUAAUGUCUGAGGAGGUUUUCUUUGAAACAAAUAUGGUUGUAAUAAGAGGUGUCAGGUGAGAUAGCAUUGGUAAAGGUGUUAUAGAUAUCUAUUCAUGUGUGAUUAUUCUGUCUCCUUCUAUGUUCACUGACACAGCCUGGUCUAAUUUACUAUGUUGUUGUUUUUUGUUUUUUUUUUGACUUUUUUUUCUGCCAGAAUUUGUAAAAAAUCUUGUAUUCUUCUUUCACUUUGCCUUUGUUUUAUGUGCUCAAUGUAAAGAGGCGUGUGAAUUAAACCUCCUUGAUAACAGACAAA